GACAUCGACCUGGACCAGCCGAGGAUGCGGGUUCGGACGAGGGAGCUGGAGGAGGGGGGUCAAUUAAGUGAGAGCAUGGACCAUGGAGGAGUUGGCCAAUAUGACCUUGGCAUGGAACAUUGUGAAAAAUUUGAGAUUUCAGAGACUAGUGUAAACAGAGGUCCAGAAAAGAUCCGCCCAGAGUGCUUUGAGUUACUGCGUGUACUUGGCAAAGGUGGCUAUGGCAAGGUGUUUCAAGUACGAAAAGUAACUGGAGCAAACACUGGGAAAAUAUUUGCCAUGAAAGUUCUUAAAAAGGCAAUGAUUGUAAGGAAUGCAAAGGAUACAGCUCACACAAAAGCAGAGCGGAAUAUACUGGAGGAAGUGAAACAUCCCUUCAUUGUAGACUUAAUUUAUGCCUUUCAGACUGGUGGAAAACUCUACCUCAUCCUUGAGUAUCUCAGUGGAGGAGAACUAUUUAUGCAGUUAGAGAGAGAAGGGAUAUUUAUGGAAGACACAGCUUGCUUUUACUUGGCAGAAAUCUCAAUGGCACUGGGACACUUGCAUCAAAAAGGAAUCAUCUACCGUGAUCUGAAGCCAGAAAAUAUCAUGCUUAAUCAUCAAGGUCAUGUAAAACUGACUGACUUCGGAUUAUGUAAAGAAUCUAUUCACGAUGGAACAGUCACACACACAUUCUGUGGAACAAUUGAAUACAUGGCCCCUGAAAUCUUGAUGAGGAGUGGGCAUAAUCGUGCUGUGGACUGGUGGAGUUUGGGGGCAUUAAUGUAUGACAUGCUGACUGGAGCACCUCCUUUCACUGGGGAGAACAGAAAGAAAACAAUUGACAAGAUUCUCAAGUGUAAACUCAACUUGCCUCCCUACCUCACACAAGAAGCCAGAGAUCUGCUUAAAAAGCUGCUAAAAAGAAAUGCUGCCUCACGUCUAGGAGCUGGUCCUGGAGAUGCUGGAGAAGUUCAGGCUCACCCGUUCUUCAGACACAUUAACUGGGAUGAGCUGUUGGCACGAAAGGUGGAACCUCCUUUUAAACCCUUAUUGCAAUCUGAAGAGGAUGUGAGCCAGUUUGAUUCAAAGUUUACACGUCAGACACCUGUUGAUAGCCCAGAUGACUCUACUCUCAGUGAAAGUGCCAACCAGGUCUUUCUGGGUUUUACGUACGUGGCUCCAUCUGUACUUGAAAGCGUAAAAGAGAAAUUUUCUUUUGAACCAAAAAUUCGAUCACCUCGCAGAUUCAUAGGUAGCCCUAGGACACCAGUCAGCCCUGUAAAGUUUUCCCCUGGGGAGUUCUGGGGAAGAGGUCCUUCUGCCAGCGCAUCAAACACUCAGCCACCUGUGGAAUAUCCAAUGGAGACAAGUGGAAUAGAACAAAUGGAUGUGACAGUGUGUGGAGAGGCCUCAGCACCGCUUCCAAUCCGGCAACCAAACUCUGGGCCAUACAAAAAACAAGCUUUCCCCAUGAUUUCCAAACGACCAGAGCACUUGCGCAUGAAUCUAUGACAACACCAUUUUAUUACUUCCUCCUUUUAGGUUUCUUUUUUCCCCUCCCUUUUUUUUUUUCUUUUUUUCUUUCUUUUUUUUCUUAAAGCCUUUGAAGGUGGAAAACAAAGAACGGACAUAAGCCCCCUUGAAGCUGAACUAGGAGGGCUUGUAUGGUUUACUUUUAAAAAGUGACAGUAUCAAAGAGUCAGUCAUUGCACAGAGCGACUUGGAAAGCAAAGAAAGAAUGGAUUUUUUUUUUUCCUCUGUCAAUCAAUGGUGCAUAAAAAGACAAAAAAACUUUUAGAAAAUGGUAUUGCAGAACUCUAGGCACAUCAUCUGAUUCACAGUGACAUCUUCUCACCUUAUCAAGGAUUUUUCAGCUUGAUAGCUUGAAACUGACAGUAUUAAGGGUCAGGAUGUUGCUUCAGAAUCGCUGGUCUAGUGGUGAAUGUGUCAAGGAGGCUUAGCCCUUUCACUAAGCAGAGUAUGAAAUGCCUACACGCUUGUGUCUGAGGGUUGAUUAGCAUGCAAGCUUGGUUAAAGCUGUUUCCUACAAUGGGGUGGAAUCAAAGAUGAAAAUGAAUUGGUAUUUCACAUUCGAAACAUAAUGAGUUUUUUAUAUAUAUAAUAUAUAUAUAUAUAUUUUUCAAAUAGAUUUUUCUUUUUUUUUUGAUUCAGCUCAUUAUGAAAAGCAUCCCAAAAUUAUAAAUGAAAAAGAAUUGGUUGCUGUGAAGAAAGUAAAGGCUCUAGUUCUGAUUCUUCUCCUGGUGAAACAACAGAUCAAUAACGAAUCACUCAACUACCAGCUUGGCAUUGUGGGGUGGGAGAGAACUGUUUCACUUGCUUACCCAGCUGAAUUCCCUGUUCCUGCAAAGACAAAUGGAUCUAAUCAAAAGGCAAUGCUGCUAUGUUCUAGGCUUUACUGGAAGCCAUGGGCUCACACACACGUCCUGCUUAUUUCACCCAUGUCCUCAGCAGACAUUUCACUGGAAACAUCACUUUUGUAUACACUAGUCCUUAGGUGGAGACCGCUGAAUGCCUUCAGAUUCUUACCCACACAUCAGGAAAAUGUGCAUCGGAUACAAGGUCAGUAGAGACAUGUAGGACCACAGGGAACAUGCAUUAAUUCUCCAUAGUAUAAGGAAAAAAAUAAACCAAACAACUUUUUUGUAAACAGUGGGUAAGAAUUUGAGGAAUUUGUUUCUGGGAGCUCCCUACAUUAUACAUUUCUAAACUUAUCAACAGUUUUUUUUCUAUGCUGAGGCAAUAAAUUUGCUGAUUGUAUGAGAAAAGUGUUAAAUGGCCUUUCAGUGAAUGUCUUCCACAGUGGGUCAGAACUUUAGCAACUUAAUUUAGGAAACGUGUUUUAAGGACACUAUUUAUGCUUUGAAAUUGUCACAAUCUGUACAAAAACGACUUACAGGUACAAAGAAUAAAAUAAAGGUAACUUUACCUUACUUAUAUACUUCCUGCCUUAAAGAAAGCAUUUCCAUGAACAUAGCUGGUGAAAGGGUUAAUAUCUGCAGAGCUUUACACUAGUUAGAGUGUGUAUGGUGUGUGCGUGUGUGUGUAGAUGAUCAUGCAACUGCAUACAAGUCCUGUCACUUUUUGCCUGCCACACAUUGCAUUAUGUUUAGUCAGACUGUGCAAAGUCUUACUUCUAGUGUUUCACAACAGUAGGGAUUUUUUGAUAGAUUCUGCUUACUCUGUGUAUACUGAAUCUUUUUUGAGCCAUAGGAUCCAAGCCAUAAAACUCUCUUAAGGAAGUUGAAUCCAAUCAGAGUGCUGUUCUCUCAAAUUUGCAAGUUGGAAGGAUUCAGCAAAAUCUUGAUACUGACAAAGAACCACCACCAACAAAAAAGAUGGUUAUGAUUGAGCAACAAUUAGUUGUGUUUUCCCUUUUUUUCCCCCUUUUCCUGAUAAGCCUUUUGUUGGAAUAUUACUUUUCAGUCUUUUAAGGAAAAUCAAGUUACCUUAGAGUGACAUAAAUUGUACUGGCAGAUAAAUUGCCAUUUUUCAUUUGGCAAUGAGUGAAUUUGGUGACAGGUUGUGAAUCUCAAGGGUGUUGAUGUGUGUUUGUGUUAUGCAUAUUUGCAAAUGCACAACACUUUGAGCAGUGCCUCCCUCUGCUGCUGGUUAACAUUGGUUUCUUGAUGCAUUUACUGAGGAUAAAGGAACUUAGUUAAAAAUUAAUAAUAGCUCUUCUUUGAGGCAGAUCUCUCUUGGUCCUAGUUACAGCUAACAGUUGCUUUUUGAUUGGCUGGAUAGAAAGGUCCAGUAGAUUUGGUUUAAUAUGGCUGGCAAGAAUGGCAAGAGUUGUUUGUCUGAGUUCACUGAUGAAUUACGGAUACGAUUCGGCAGGUUGCAAAGCAAAUUUCAUGUACUGUUGAUGUUUCAUCCCAUAGAUUCUUAAGUUUAAUUCCCUACCAUAACUGUGAAACUUUUGGGAGUGUGACUCAGACAGCAAGCACACACUAUGCAAUAUGGUUUAUCCUGUAUUUAUUUGUAAAAAUAUCAGACAUAGAUCCUCUAUAUAUAUAUAAUAGUGUCAAAAUUACUAGACGUGAACUAAGGGGAGUGGAGUUCUAGCUCCUGUCUGGCUAUUUCAGAUAAGUGCAGAGUGCAUUGAAUAUUGGAGAGCUUAACAAGUGCUUUCUUUUGUUCAUUUAAAAAUGUCUUAAAUUUUUCAUUAGAGUAUAGAAUCUUAUUUUUGUUUAUUUUGUACAAGCUGCGCUUUUUUAAUUAUAAUCACUGAAAAAUUCACUAUAAUUUGAUUUUAUAGGAUUUUUGUAGCAUUACAAAAAAUAGAGUAAAAACUGAGGUUAAUACCUGUUGUGGCUAACCAUAUAAAAGUAUUAAAUCUUAAACUUGAACAAAAGUCAUAUUUUUUUUUACCAGAUGUUAAAUAGGGGACUAUUUUGUUCUGCAGGUCAUUAUCACAAAAGGUUUCUAGGUCGGCUGUGUUACCAGCAGUUUUUUCUUUUCCCAUUUGAUGCAGAAACUAUUCUGGUAGAAGAUACUCAGAAUUUCAUCCUUUUUCUCUGUGGGAGUGAUGCAUACACUUGAUGCCAUUCGUGUACUAAAUUGUAAUUUUGGGAAUGCUGGAAUAAUUCCUACCAAGACUGUCUUAAUUGUGCCAUCUGACAUUUGAAUGUCAUCCUGGUAUUAGCUCAUAAUAAAAGAUAAAAAUAAA